CUCCUCUUCCUAGUUUCAUCGUCAUUUCUCUCCCAUGGAGGAGCUGGGCUCUCUUUGGAGUCACCCACAUAGCAUGGAUGAACUGAAGCAGAUGAUCUUGUAUAACACCACUGAACUCGAGUCUGAGAAAACGAAAGCUUUUGAGGAAAUGAGAAAGAACAAGGAGAAUCUGAUGCAUCUGCUUCGACUCCUGAAAACAGCUUACCAGGAAAGAGAUGAAGCAAGAAAUCAGUUGCAGAAACUCCUCAGAAACGUCACUCCUAGUCCUUGUCCUUCAGGACUCCAAUGGAGCUUCCUAGCACCACUAAAAGCGAACGCAGUGACAAGCCGAACCCAUCACACCCCUGAAUCAAAUGGUUACUAUCUACGACACCACUCUUCUGCCUCUCAUUUUCCACUCGAGGCGACUCCUCUGUCGGAUUUCUUGAAUGCCGACAUGGCCAGUUCCAGUAAUGAUCCGUGCAGCGUCUCUUGCCCUCCGGGUUUUUUAAAUUCAGGAAAAGCCAAUACUGUCAAUCGAGCUUCGGAUGUGAUUGAUGAUCUUGUUGUGGGAAAAGCACUUCCUGAGAAAGGCAAGCUCUUGCAGGCCGUGAUGGAAGCAGGUCCACUCCUGCAGACGCUUAUUUGGUCCGGGACUCUGCCUAGGUGGAGGAAUCCUCCUCCCCUGAAACCCUUCAGCAUUCCACCAGUUAACAUCACUGGUUAUGACCCUUUUUCGAGCGUGCAGGCUCACAUUUCGGACUCUAGUCGCGCGAUUCAGAGAUUCACGAGCCCGUCGCCAAAUUUUGAAGCACCAGAAGUGGCUCCUGUGACGCGCUCGGGGUCAAUGCUUAAUUUUAUUGGUAGUUAUUCUGGUUCGCCCCAAGGGAACAGCCAGUUGUCAGCGGGUGUUAGCAUUACGACCAACAGCCACUUACGCACUAGCCAUAAACGUCGGAAACUUCAAUGAAGUCGCUGAACUUUUUUCUUGAUAGGAAAUAUUACCGAAAUUUGGUAGUUAUUUUUCAUUAGAUAAACCUAAAAAGGCCCCCCUUCGUGCCUUGAGGUUUAGAACUGUAAAUGCACUAAUCAAUUGUUAUAGCCAGUUUUAAAGAUAGUGCUGGAUUCGUUGUGCUUCCUGCUUCAUACAAAAAGCAAACAUGUUUAGCACCGGCUGUUUCGUUUCUUUUGUUUCAAACCAUAUGUUAAUUCCCCAAUUAUGUGGUAGUAAGUAAAUCAGGAAUAGCGAUAGCAGGAUCCUGACACACAAACUAGAAAGGCCUAGGCACAUUAAUGAAAUGAUAAAAUGAGUAACCUUUCUAAAGGGGCCAACUAGGAGAACAAACAUUACCCCUUGGUUAGUGAUGGAACAGCUUUUGUCUGAGUAUAGUUUGCUUAACUAUGACUAGGUUGAAAUGCUCCAGGCAUGACAAAAUUAAUCGGUUCACUUCAAAGCAAUCAAACACUAAACACUUGACAGGAGGAAGGAUGGCUGGACACCAUCAGAAAGCGG